ACUAUUUUAAAGGGGACAUUCCAUGAAAAUCAGACUUUUUCCAUGUUUAAGUGCUAUAAUCGGGUCCCCAGUGCUUCUACCAACCCAGAAAACAUGGAAAAUAGCAACCCUGUAACUUUGUUUUGGUAAGACUCUCUCUGCAAGCAUGUGAAUAUAUAGGUCAUUCGAAUUUCGCUCCCCCCAUGACGUAUUAAGGGGCUCUUAUUAUAAUGAUACCGCCCCUUCAACUGCGCUAUCCAACCAUGAACGGCCUCACGAGUGUGAUAGACAGAGAGAAAGAAUGACUGACAGCACGACGCGUUGGUAUUCCCUCAAACACAAACAGGAGCCUACAAUCUUAUAACUUGUAGUUUUAAUAAUCUUUCUAAAGAUUGAAUUAACAUUCUAAAGGAUUAAUCUUAGUGCAACAGAGAGAGCGAGUGAGUGAGAGAGAGAUAGAGUGUGUUUAAAAUGAAAUACAUAAUGAAAAAAAAAGUUGUGCAACAGACAAAAAAUAAUUUGUGGGAAAUGUGUGGGAGUGACACGACAACACAUUCAUGCUCAAGGCAAGAAAAAAAAACAGAAUUUCGUGCCAUGGACACAAAUAAAGUAAUCAAAUUUUGCCAUUCAGCCACUCCUCUUUACUCAAGAACUACUGCCACAAUUGCACGUCUAACAUCUGACAGAAGGACCUGUGCUUGUGGACAGUCAUGAUGUUGCUGAUAGUAGUGGCUGUAUUUCUCAUCAAGGGGGCCUUUCAGCCCCCCUGGGCAACAGCUUUCAAACCCUUAUUUUCCCAAGGCUCCCUCACCCAUCGACAAAUCACUGAGAUGGCCAUUCUCCGCAAGACUGCAGAAGUGUGCCGUGACGUAGCUAUUGCUGAGGGGCAAGACUUCAAUCUAACUAUCGACAACACACUGACUGUAUUUGCUGUCCAAAAAGCCUGCUCAAAAUUACAUUUUCUCCACUCCACACAUGGCUUUCAAUCAGCUAUUGCCAGUGUUUAUUAUUCUAAUGCUGCUGUGGACGUAGAUCAUAUCCGUCCUGAACGGCACUGUGAUGCUGAAAAAAUCAGGGAAGCGCAGCAGCUUAUUACUGAUGGCUUGAAAUCAGUGAAAACCAACAUAGAUAAGGAAAGCUAUGUUUUCGCCCGCAACAGUUUGGGGAAAAUAUGUCAUACUUUACAGGAUUUCUACAGCCACAGUAACUGGGUGGAACUGGAUAAACGUGUUCCUUUUAGCAAACUCAUCAACAGGGACGAAAUAAUUGACAACAUAGCAGAUGCCAACACAAAAACAUGCAGAAACUGCAACGGAGAUAAUUGCAAUGAUAAUAUUCUUCCAGAAUUAAAAGAGAAGAACCUCCUAACCUCAGGAUAUUUCGGUGUGUUUCCCUCAUCCAAACCUAACGGUAAGUGUAGCCAUGGUGGCAAAAAUGACGUGACCAGUUUUGAAGAACCUACUGGAGGUAUCAAUAAAGAUGAGAUCACCUCAAGUCAUGGCAUCUAUCACAAGCGUGCUGCAGAUCUGGCCAUCAGUGCUACCAUGGAAUUGCUGGAAGACAUUCGACUGGCCAAAGGCAACCAGGCAUUUCUUCAGUUGGUGGGGAUGAACAAGACGUCAGUUCUGGCUUUUGUUAUUGACACCACAGGCAGUAUGUCUGAUGACAUCGAAGAGGCAAAGAGAGUGUCCUUUAACAUUAUUGACAGCAGGAUAGAAUCAGCAGAGAAACCUUCAGAAUAUAUUCUAGUUCCAUUUAAUGACCCAGAUUUUGGACCAUUAAUAAAAACUCGGAAUGCAGAGCAUUUCAAAAAAAAAAUCAAUUUGCUCAAAGCUAAUGGUGGAGACGAUGAACCAGAAAUGUGCUUAUCAGGACUUCAGCUGGCACUGGGCGGAGCUCCUCCAUAUUCAGACAUUUAUGUGUUUACUGAUGCUGGAGCCAAAGACUUAGAAUUAGAAAGCACAAUUCGAGCCAUGAUAGAAAACACCAAGUCAAGAGUUAAUUUCAUGUUGACAAAAGCCUUUUCAUUCCGCAAAAGAAGGUACGUUUCACGUUCUCAGCGUUCCUCAACAAGAAUGUCUCGGUCAGGAAUGCAGCUGUACAGAGACUUGGCAGAUGUUUCUGGUGGACAGGCAAUAGAGGUCACUAAGAGUACACUGUCUCAGGCCACGACAGUUAUUACUGAUUCAUCUGCAUCUGCUCUGGUGACUGUCCUUCAGGUAGUGAGAAAUCCAGCCAAGGCAGAAAAAUUUUCUUUUGUGUUGGAUUCAUCUCUGUCCAGUGUGACUAUGUAUAUCACAGGUGUCUCUCCAGUCUUUACCCUCUACAACCCAACAGGUGUGUCUCAGUCAGAAUCAGUGAAAGAUGGUCCUCUAGGUAGCAUUCAGACUGUGGGGAAUCUAUGGAGAAUUCAACUCAACUUAAAGAAUCAGAAUGGGGUAUGGAGCAUCAGUAUUAACUCUGCUAACCCCUAUAGAAUUCAAAUCAGGGGUCAGAGUUCUUUCGACUUUAUCUUUAACUUUGUGGAGUCUGAAGGACUUCAUGGGGACUUUGUGCCAAAAGACAAUCGCCCUAUCAGUGGUGGAAAUGGCACCUUGUUUCUCUCUGUGACUGGAGGUGAAUUGAUCACAGUCACUGACGUACUUCUAGUUGAAGCUUCAGGGUCGAAUACUGUUAAUGGAACCAUUCAAUCAUUGGGUGGGUCAGACUACCUGAUACACUUACAAAGAAUCCCAGAAUGGCCAUUUGUAGUCCAAUUGAAAGGCCUGUUGAAUGGCCUAACUCGAUCAUCUCUUGGCCAAUUCCAGAGACAGUCAUCCACUCAACAAAGAGCCUCUAGCAUUAAAAUCAUGGCCGAUUCACAGAGCACUUUAAAGCCUGGAAUCCCUCUGAAUGUCAACUUUACAGUGACCAGUAAGCAAACAAAAGGCAGCUAUAUCAUCCGAGCCAGGAAUGACCGUGGUUUCAAAGUCUCUGUCCCCAGUCCCCUGAGUGGGAAAGCAGGAGGAAGCACUCAGGGAACCGCAACUCUGACCCCUCCCUCCAACACAGAGUCUGGGACUGAUGUCACUCUCACCAUUGAGGCAGAAGAUCAAGAGUCCGCUGACCUGAAUUAUGUGACACUGCGACUCACCGUCAUGGCUGAGAUAACUGAUGUCUCUAAACCUGUGUGUGAAAUAGUGAGCAUUAAAGAUGACUGCCCUGUGGUGUGCAGCAAUGCAUCAUGGAAACUUUCUGCAAACCUGAUGGAUGGUAAUGGUACAGGCAUAGCCAAAGUGUUCAUAAACAUCGGCAACGGCUCUCUCAGUACAAGUCAACUAAUGAGUGAGGAUGGCACUAAUGUGACCGUAGCUUUCUACAAUGCUUCCUGCUGUUCUCAGGAGGUGCAGGUAGUGGCUGUGGAUGGGGUGGGAAAUGUGGGUAAAUGUUUCACUUCUAUUAAGAAGAUAUCUGUAAAUACCACCACCACAGCAAUACCUACCACAAAUACCACUCUAAUGCCUGCCACAAACACUACAGUAAAGCCCUCAGUGGCCGCCACAUCUAGCGGAGGUUUUGUGUCAUUCUCUAAGUAUAUUUUGCUUUUCAUCUUAGUUGUUUUCUUUAUAUGGUAAAGGGAAACUUAGGGCCAUACUGGACAUUAAGAUACAAUAUCAAGUUUAGCAUGCUGAUUAAACAUACUGUAUAUGUUUUUUUCUUACAAACUGCCAAACUGUCUGUCACGCUUAAACGUAAGAGCACCGGCUGUUAUGACUUUAAUUCUGUGUUUGAAAUUUUACCCAUGCAUCUAAUAUGUACAAUAAUCACUCUUUUUUGGGGGGGGGUAUUCAGAAGAUGAUCGUCUCUGUUUUUUUCUAAUGAAUAUGUGUAUAUGAAAUAAAAAUUAUGUACAGUAGGCUAUGUAAAGUAGAAUGAGUAGAAUAAAAAUUUGAUAACAAUGAUUAAUAAAUAUAAUGUUCAGGUACUUAAACGCUAGCUUGUACAUUUGUGAAAAUGUUGCCAUAUAAACCCAACUACACUGUCUUAGAUAUUUUUAUUAUAUAUACACUAUCCUUUAG